AUGAAAGCUUGACAUUUGACCUGACAUUUACUUUGGUGUUCAGUGAAACUUGCUGUGUUCUUUGAACUGUAUCUUUUGCCAGCAGAAAAGUUUGAACAUCUUUGGUCUCUGGCACUGGAGAGCUAAUAAACAAAUCUCAGCAGUGUGCUUGUUCUUAUUAAAGAGCCCCCAUGGUUUCUGUGUGCAUGGCUUGGUUUUGGAUCUGUGAGGUGUCUGUGAGGCUGCCCAGGGCAGUGUCCUGUGGUCAUCCAGCUGUCCAACCCUGGGAACAAUGGGAGUGGCUCUUCCUGACUCUCCCUUUUGGUUUCACUUUCUUUUUAAAUUUUUUUUUCUUUUUUGUUUACUUUUCUUACUUCCUGUACGUGUUCCAGCUUUGGAGCCUGAAAGCUCCAUGAAGUCACUUGCACUUCCAGAGCCUUUUUUCCCUUCUUGCCUCAAUGGUGCCGCAUGGGCAGGUUUAGCUGUUUAAAAAUCAAGGGUUUAUGUUGGGGUGUUGAAAGCUGUGGUCACCUGGCCUGAAGUCUCAAUGAGGGCUUUUGACAGACUCAGCACUGAGGCUUAGCUGGAUUUGGCUGUGUCUCUGGAGCAAGGAGGCUUCUUCACUGGAGUGUGCAGAGCUGGGGAAGAGCCAAGUGCCAGCACAGCUCUGUGGCCAUGAGCACCUCUGGCAGCUCGUGUGGCACAGAAUGAGUUCAGUGUUCCUCAGGGAUAGAAAAGCUGUUUGUGUUGUUGCCUGGUACCAGUCCCUUGAAUACUGAACAUGUAACACGAGGUAUUCUCCUUUCUGAUUUUUCUUCUUUUAAUCCAGCCUUACCAAGCUAAUUGGAUGAUGACUGUAAGGGAGUUUGGGAAGUUGUCUCCCUUACUGGGACAUGUGCUGAGUGAUGUUCUGCUCAGCCUUGUGGCUUUACUUAUGACUGAAAAUAUUUCACUGGCUCAGCAAAGUGAAAGAAUUGGACUUGGCUGGUUUUUGGCAUUAACCUUUGUCUGGGGCACAAAGCUGGAGGCUGCUCAGUAUGCAGGCGUGGAUUUGAGCUGUGUGCAGCUUGGCUGCUGCUCAGCCUCUUGCUUCUCCAGGAAGGGGAAUGCAGCCCACCAAAGGCUGUUGUGGGGGCAGAGAGCUUUGUGUGGUGUCAAGGGACACAGUGGUGGUGACAGCCACUGGUCAGGAGCAGGCAGGGUGUAAUGUUAGCCAGGGCUUCACACUGCCAGGGGUUGUAAAUAGUGAGUGAUGUGUUUUUCAAAGGGAAAGUCAGUGUGUGUAAGUGUGCUUGUGUGUAGAUAUAUCUGUGCAUGCAUACACACCUUGACAGGAGCUGACAGGGUGUUCUGGGAAGGAUCCUUCCACACUUCCUUGCUCUGUGCCCUUCUUCAGACAUCACCUUCUGGUCUCAGAGAGCCAGGAUGCUGGGUUGUUCAGACUGCUGGUUUAGCCCAAUUCAGCCUUUUUUAUCAUGCCAGCCCAACUAAGAAAGGUGGUAGGGAGGAGGGCACAAAGGUGAAGGAGAUUGUCCCUUGGAAGGAGAACCUCUGAGAAGAUCUCCAGUCAGGCACAUGGGGCUUGCCUCCUGAGAUCUGCCAUUCUCUUGGAGUUGGCUUUAGCAAGGACAACCCUCCUUGACUUGUUUUGUUUGCCUUUGUCUGCCAGGGUUUGAGGGGUGAGGCAUGGAGGUGAGCAGAACUGGGACCUGCCUCAAAGUGCUGCUCCUUUCUCAGGUGGGAGCCUUUAGCUCUGAGUGAUUUCACUGGCUUUCAGAUCAGGGAGGUGGAGAUAUUGACCCCUGUCAGUUGUGUGUAAAGAGGCAAUGCUCCCGACAAAGUAAUGAGGACACGUAUGUGCCUUAGGCACCUGUUGGCCUGGUUAAGCACAGCACAUAGCUGAGUGCCUCUGCUUUGACAUUACCUAUGGAGCUGGUGGUUCUGCUAGGAAGGUUUGAUAAUUCAUUCCAUAUGUUUCAGUGGCAAUAAAUAGACUAUUUCUGAAAUGGAAAGCAGCUUCAGUAAAGCUUUGAAAGCUGUGCAGGGAGAUUUAAUAGCCCUUUUUCUACUUGCCUCUAAAGAAGAUACAAGUCAUGUAUUGUGUACUUGCCUUUUUCAGAUGGGACAUUGAAUGCUAAACUUCUUUUUCUUGGUAUGAAUGCUAAAAAAAUCCACGGUACUCUUGUAGUUCCCAGUGCUGAAGUCUAUUUCUAUUCAGUGAGGCAAUUAUGUUCUGGCUUGAAUUUCAACUUAUACUGCUUUCCUGGCCUGAAGCCUGUAAGACUGGGCUUUGUCCUCAGGUGUUUGGCACUUCUUUCUUUUCUUCCCUGCUGGCUGAAAUGUGGGCUGAGUUGGCUUUCAACAUCCAUGCAGAAGUAGCUGCAUUUUUUGAUGUGCUUCAUGUGGAGAACCUAAACUGACUGACUGACUUCAUUAAGCAGAGUUCCCGUUCCUCUGAGGCAGCUGAAGAUGAAAAGGACCAGCGUACAGUGACAGUCAAUCCCUCUCACAUGAGAAAGGCUUUCAAGGUCAUGAAUGAAUUACGGAGCAAGCGGCUCCUGUGUGAUGUGGUGAUUGUGGCCGAAAGCGUGGAGAUGGAAGCUCACCGGGUGGUGCUGGCAGCCUGCAGCCCUUAUUUUUGUGCCAUGUUUACAGGAGACAUGUCUGAAAGCAAGGCCAAGAAGAUUGAGAUCAAGGACGUGGAUGGGCAGACCCUGAGGAAGCUGAUUGAUUACAUCUACACUGCCGAGAUCGAGGUCACGGAGGAGAACGUGCAGGUUUUGUUGCCAGCUGCCAGUUUAUUGCAACUGAUGGAUGUUAGAAAAAACUGCUGUGACUUCCUGCAGUCCCAGCUGCACCCCACGAACUGCCUUGGCAUCCGCGCCUUUGCCGACGUGCACGCCUGCAGCGAGCUGCUGCAGCAGGCCAACGCCUACGCAGAGCAGCACUUCCCUGAGGUGAUGCUAGGAGAAGAAUUUCUUAGCCUUAGUCUGGACCAGGUUUGCAGUUUAAUAUCAAGUGACAAGCUCACAGUCUCCUCUGAAGAAAAGGUCUUUGAAGCCGUUAUCUCUUGGAUAAAUUAUGAGAAGGAAUCUCGCUUAGAGCACAUGGCUAAGCUGAUGGAGCAUGUUCGCCUGCCCCUUUUGCCCAGAGAUUACCUGGUACAGACAGUCGAAGAAGAAGCUUUAAUCAAGAAUAACAACACCUGUAAAGACUUCCUUAUUGAAGCCAUGAAAUAUCAUUUGCUUCCUCUGGAUCAAAGGCAACUAAUAAAGAAUCCCAGGACAAAGCCAAGGACCCCUGUUAGCUUGCCAAAGGUGAUGAUUGUGGUGGGUGGGCAAGCACCCAAAGCCAUUCGCAGUGUGGAGUGCUAUGAUUUUGAGGAGGAGCGGUGGGAUCAGGUUGCUGAGCUUCCCUCACGGAGAUGCAGAGCAGGCGUGGUGUUCAUGGCUGGCAAUGUCUACGCCGUGGGGGGCUUCAACGGCUCGCUGCGGGUGCGCACGGUGGACGUGUACGACGGCGCCAAGGACCAGUGGACGUCCAUCGCCAGCAUGCAGGAGCGCCGCAGCACGCUGGGCGCCGCCGUGCUCAACGACCUGCUCUACGCCGUGGGCGGCUUUGAUGGCAGCACCGGUCUGGCAUCAGUUGAGGCCUAUAGCUAUAAAACCAAUGAGUGGUUUUUUGUGGCUCCCAUGAACACAAGAAGAAGCAGUGUUGGAGUUGGAGUUGUGGAGGGGAAGCUGUACGCCGUGGGCGGCUACGACGGCGCGUCGCGGCAGUGCCUGAGCACGGUGGAGCAGUACAACCCCGCCACCAACGAGUGGACCUACGUGGCUGACAUGAGCACGCGGCGCAGCGGGGCAGGUGUUGGUGUGCUCAGUGGGCUGCUCUACGCCACCGGGGGCCACGACGGGCCCUUGGUGAGGAAGAGUGUGGAAGUCUACGACCCAGGGACAAACACCUGGAAGCAAGUAGCAGACAUGAAUAUGUGCAGAAGAAAUGCAGGUGUGUGUGCUGUGAAUGGUCUCCUCUACGUGGUGGGAGGCGAUGAUGGUUCCUGCAACUUGGCCUCGGUGGAGUACUACAACCCCAGCACAGACAAGUGGACGUUGUUGCCAACCAGCAUGAGCACAGGGAGGAGUUAUGCAGGUGUGGCUGUGAUUCACAAACCCUUGUGACACACGAUCAAGCCAAUGUGAGGAGCAGAAGUGAAGUGGAUCCAGCUAGGUGGUGUUGGGAAGAUGACUGACCUCUGACUUGACCCAUCUCAUUGCUGUUAAUGUCUUAGCAUGACAAGUGAUAUGUUGCAAGCAUCAUCCACUCUGCAGUGGAUCGCAUAGCCAAGUGAAAAUCCCUGUGGGGACAUGUUCCAUGCUAGACACGAGGUGUUGCUUGUUAUCUGUGGUGCAAUCAGCUGUUCUUCUCGAUGGCAUGUGUCCUGAGAUAAACACUGUGCUUGGACUGCAGGCACGGGAUUUUUUGUGUGAAACAAAACUGCUACGUUUGGGCAUGUGAGUAAAAGCGAACGUUUCUGGAUUUCUUCCCUACUGAUGCUCCAUGCACAUUGUUGGCUGAACUACUUACUCACUGUGCCUGGAGGGUGGACUUUAAUACUGGCAGGGGAAACUUCUGAGUUCCAACAGAGAAAAACAGCAGAAAUGGACUGGAACAGGGUGGUCUGGCUCGAGUGUGACGCUGUCUCAGUCAUACGUUUGUACAUGCCACUGGACUGCUGUCUGUAUCCCUGAAAUGCUUGUGGAAAUAAACACCAUGUGGUUUUUCUACUUGCCAUGAAUGCUGUGUGCUGUGCGUGACGGGACCUGCUGGGCAGUGCCUUCCCUGGGGCUGAGCUCCCUGCACCUGAGCCACACAAAACUUCCCAGCCCCACACAACACUUGCUGCUCCCACGGGGUUUGUUGCUCCUGUGAAACAAAUGUUGCUUGAAUAGAAAAUGUUCCCAACCCACACUUUUCAGCUGUGCUGAAAGCUUCAGUUCUAGCUCUGUCCAGCAUCUCAAUGCCAUUUCAUAAUAGAGCAUUUAGAUGUUAAAAAAAAAACCUUAUGGUGCCAUUAAUGUAGAGACAUUCCCUACAGCGAGAGCCCUCUGUCACCCAAGCAGGGAUUAAUGAGCCAAGUAAAAUACCUGCAGUGUUUUAAUGCUUCCAGAGCAGGGAGAUUAACUAAUCACUGUCACUGUAAUUGCUAUUUUAGUCUUGCCCUUACUAAAAGCAUUCCUCCAAUAGUAUGAAGAACUCAUAAGAUUACUCAAAACAGACAAAUCUAGAUCCAGAUGUAAGGGACCUGUCUUGCUUUUAUACCAAAAUCCUAAAAUUUUCUGUUUAAGAAGACGUUUGACUUUAAAAUACCUUUUUGUGUCUCCCUAUGAGCUCUGACAUGCUUCUGCAUACAGAGGUGAGCUCCCAGAAGCUCCUCAGCUAAAGGGAACUAGUGAAGAAAAAUAUUUUCUCUACUCUUUUUCUUGUUGUUGGGGUUUGGUUUUUUUCUGUUUUCCCUUCUAGAUCAGCUGAGGCUUUUUGUUGUGGGCAGCUGUCCAGAGUUGUUACGCUGGUUUCUGUCUCCAUAGAUCUGCUCUAUGUGACCUUUGGCAGUAGAAAAGAAAAAUACUUAAAAAUUUAUUUCAGAGGGAUCCAAGCUGCAUCAUCUUGUGCUGCUUUUGUAGAGGAGUGGGUUUCUUCUAUAAAUAUGUGUUCUUUGGUGUUUGAGUUGACACAGUUCUUCUAAGAUAGGUGCAGGUGCCUGUUCACUGUGGGGAAACAGCCCCUGCCUGUGCUGUGUCACUGCCCUGCAGAGGGGCUGGCAUUCCCUUCAUGGGGAAUGUGAGGUAGCUUCCACUCCUCUCGGGAUGUUCUUGCUUUCACAAACAAGGGCAAACUGUCUAAAGAAAAGGCAUUACUGCUCUUUAUGUCUACGCUUCCACUGAAUGUGAGCUCAGAGGUCUUGAAAAUAGUAAUUAAAAAAAAAUUAGUCUUUUCCAUAAUACCCUUUAAACUUUUUGCUUUGAGUUUUACGAUCUGCAACGAAACGUGCCAAAAUAAUAGUGUGACAUGCUGCUCUCCUGUGAGGUGUGGCUUACUGUAAAAGCCAUUGAGGCUGGUAGGAAUGUAUACCCAGUAGGAAUGUACCCCAGUAGGAAUGUACCCCAGUAGGAAUGUACCCCAGUAGGAAUGUUCCCCUGACUGCAGCUGCCUUUGGGUCAGAGUCCUGAGAUGCCCCUUUGUGGUGGCAUAAGGAAGGUGAUUAGCUGGGACAGACUCAAAUUCACUGGCCCAACAGGUGGUUCCCUUCCAUGCAGCCUGGGAAUAAAGGAUAAAAUGGGACAGACAAAGCAUCUCAGUCCAAGGUAGCAUCUCUUGUUAGGCAGAGGUGACAGGACAAGGCUGGACCAGCAUUUGGGCACACGUAGCCCUUGUUAGGUCUGGUACAGACAUAAAGCUAAAUAAACUCCUCUGUAAGCUGCUGUACAGCCCAACUGGAGCUCAACAGUUGGGAACAGUUCCCAGCCAACAUUCUCACACCUCUGGCUUCACUGGACUAAAGGCAAAUAUUAUCCAGAGACUAUGAGUUUGUGUGGGCUGGAGAUAAAAAUUGGUAGGUACUGCUAGAGAGGUGCAAGGUUGCAAUUUGCUGUGUUUGUCAGGUGGGGAAAGUGGGCAUACCUGGAGGUGGGAUAAUUUUAUGCCCUGCUCUCCAUCUGUUCAUAGACCUUUCUUACUUGUAAGGAAAACAGGUUUUGGUGGUUCUCUGCUCUUGUAAAAUGGCACUUCUGCCCAGUGCUGGCCCAGAGCUGUGGCAUGCUGGACAGGGCUAGGACUCACAGCCCUUGCCAGGGACGAGGGAUGCUGUUCCCAGCCCAGCCAGUGCUCCUGGUGGUGUUUCAUCCCUUCCUUCCCAAACGUUGCAGUGUUAUGCAAGUCAAGUGACCUCGUUUUCCAGCUAUGCAAUACAAACAACAUGUGAUGAACCAGCUGUGCCCCCCCACCCCCAAAAUGCUUUUGGAAUUUGUCUUUGAUGUGUGGUUUCGUGUUUGUAUUGUUCAUUUUGAGCACCUGAGCCAGAUCCUUUACAGAUUGCCUUUUUCUAGGACUGAAAACGUAGCAUUAGUACUAACAAAUUUUAUUGUAAAUAUUUUUAUAAGACAAUUUAAAAUAAUUUUUGGAUUGCUUUUUAUGGUCUUCAAUGACAUUUCUGGAUCUAAUUUGUGCACUCCCGUGUGGUUUUUGCUGGCUGUGGUGUAGGUGUGACUCUGUAUGUUCUCUGCACAAGAAAUGCCAUGUUGUUAGAAAGAUCUGGGAUAGCUGUUGUGCUGGUUUUAAUGUUAGAAGGACAGCAUUGGGCUCCACGUUACGAGAUUAAUUCAGGCCCAUUACCUCAGUCACCAGUAGGCCCUUAGAUUAUUGGCUAUUUUACAAUGAUUCCAAUACCCUGAUUUAAUUUCCUUGUGCCAUGAGUUUGGUUCCUGGGUAGUUUGGGGGACAAGCUGUCUCUUGAUGGUUCUGUUUCUUGCCUCCUGCAUGAGCUGCUUGAGGACAGAGAUACUCUGCCUGCAACAGUCUGGGCACAACCCCCCAGGAUGCCAAAAUCAGACAAAUUAUUGCAGGAGUUUUAGUGAAAGCUUUACAGACCAAACUUUAACCUCUUCCUCAUGUUGGUCCUUUGUGAAUAUGAACACUUUCCUCAGCUCCCUCUGUUGUAAUCUCUUUUUGGGGUCACCCUGUGCUUGAGCCCCUGUGGGACUCUGGCCCUGGGUUUCCUAAAGGAGGCUUUGCUCUUGCAGAAAAGCAGCCCAGGAUGAGCCCCAGCCCCAAGAGCACCGUGUGUGGUGCACACCCUGCUGGGCUUGCAGUGCAGGGCAGAUUUGCCUCAAGCAAGCUGUUGUUUAAACAAGCCUGAAUGAAGUCCAUAUUUUCCAUUGGUGCCUAAUAGAUAAAUUGGGGGUGUUUAAAAUCAAUUUUCAGCUCAUUCAUUUUAUCCAAACAGUGUCUUUUUAUGGAUGUGUACAACAAGUAAUUACCAUAAAUACACUUGGCAGCAUUUGCAUGUCACCACCAUGAAAGCUUAAUGCUCUUCUCUCUGGUUUACAUUGUUUGGAGACCAAAAUCCUUCAUAUCCAGUGAGGUGUGGUGCCUGUUCAUCAGCCAAUGUGAUGACUCCACAGAUAAAUGCUGUUCAUCAAGCUACUGUGAUGGCUCAACAGAUGGAUGCAGCUUGGUCUCAACCUUUGGGAUUCAUUAAUCAUAUAUUGUCAAAGCAGUUGCCCCCUUUGCCCACAUCAUGCCCAAAAAUCACUUUCAUGUGAGCAUUGUUGCUCAAAGCUGCAGUGUUUGGGAGUGUGCUAGAUAUUAUGGUCUGAAUAUGGGCUCAUUCACUUUUUUUCCUCUGCCCUUAUCUUUGUUUAUGGGUUUAUAAAUUAUUUUCCUCUUCAGUGACAAUAAAUACAUAAAUAAAUAUUGAUAAUUUCAAUUUGUAUAUUUUAUGUAUAAAGACCCUCAAGGGUAAUGGAUGAUUGUGAAAUAAUUUACCUGGGUGUGAAAUUUUUUUGGUUUUGUAAACCAGACUACUUUGGUUCAGUAGCUGACAGUAUAUUCUAACAAGUUGGUUGACUGUUCAAGCUCAUUUCUUAAAUUAAAGAUUUUUUUGCAUGAGUGUGGAGAACAAAGGACUUUGCAAAGUAAUUCUCUUGACAGCUGUCUUGUCCAGCGUGACAAACAACUCAAGGAACAUUCUUCACUGACAUAUUUAUAUUAUGAAGGAAAAUCACACUGUAGUUCCCCAUCAUUUAAUUUGAAUAAAAACUGGACUAAUGAAA